AUGGAUGGAAGCGUGGUUGAAGGUAUUUCUACCUCUCUCCAGACCUGCCCUCCUGAUCUUCAAGGGCUUUACGCUCUCGAGGAUCUUCCAUCUCCCCCUUACAUAUCUCAUCUGCAUGUGAAUGAUCUGGGGCUUACACCACCCCCUGGGUCGCAGCCACAGCAACCUGUCGAUGCUCAGGUGCCCUCCCAGGAAGAGGACCAUAGUUUGCCGGACGGCGGUGAUCAAGCAGACACUAGCAACCAGUUUCCUGGGGACCAAAAGGCUAAAUAUUCGGCGGCGGGUAUUGGCUCGUCCAAGUUAUCGGUCCAGGAUGUUGACCCUGUAGGUUUCACUGGUUCGACUGACCCAGUACAAGCACUGUUUGACGACCCGCUCUUCGAUUCCGAGGCUGUGCUUCGCGAGCUUGAUGCGGCCUUUGCGUCUCGAAAACGAGCUGGCGAUGAGGCUUUUUCAGGGCUCGAUUUAUGGGGUCAACCAGAAAAGAGACGACUAGUCGAAUUACAACAAGAUCAUUGUGUUCCUUCUCCUGGUGAAACGCCUUCAUUGUCUUCUCCCAACUCUUCCCACCAGCCCGAACAAGGUGGAACCGCUCCUCAUACACCAGGAAUAGAGAGACUGCCGUCACCCAAUCCGCUGUUUGACUCUUUGGAUGCCCUGUUUGAGGACCCAGAUUUCAAAAUUCCUUUGAUACCCGAUGACGAGUUCCCGCCCGAUUUCGAACUUGAGCUACCCCUUGCACAAGGCGACCGAAUCAGCCAUGAACCUUCGAAUCAGGACCUGGCAGACAGCACUAGAAACGACCAACAUCCCCUUGAGCUCCCUGAAGGCUCGAUAUCAAAGGAGCCUUCUGUCAGCGAACUUACUAAAGACCGAUUUUCUCUUGACUCCUCGCAUUUGGCGUCUAAUACUAGCCGAGAGAUUUUACAACGAAUUCAUAAAGAGCCGGAGUACACGUCUCCUUAUCCACAAUAUGGGGGACCAUUGGGUUACCUUCCGUCCGCACCAAAUAUCCACGUCAAAUACGUCGAAGUUGCAGAGGAUCGAAUGAACUAUCGCCUCGCCUGCCUGAAGGAUAGGGUGUAUCAUCUCACCUGCGAGCGUAACAAGUACAAAAACGCUUUGCUUCAGUGGACGACUAUAGACCCUGUGACGGGCAAGACCAGAGAACAACAGCUGCGCGAGGAGAAUGCCAUGCUUCGACGUGUUUCCAGUCAACACCAGAACCGCGUUGAGCAGUAUAAGAGAGAGGCGACAGAGUGGAAAAACAAGCUACAUGAGGUUGGUACUAUCUAUAACAACCUUCUCUACGAGAUCCACGUCCAGAAACAAGUGCCUGCAGUUGCUCCAAUCCCGGAUUCAUACAAGCCUCCACGCACAUCGCAAGCCCGGGGACAACCUCCCACACCGAAUUCGCACCCCGUUACUCCGGCGCCCUCAGGAGACAUGCAGCAUGUUAGGCAAGGGUCUCAACCCCUUCCUCCCCAGGGCGUGCCACCCAGUGUUAAUGGGAGUCAGCAGCCUGCUAGUUCAGCAACAGACCGCGGGUCGACUCCAGUCACGAUCGAUUUGACGGACGAGACGGAGAACAAAUCUGCGCCCUCGGAACCUCCUACGGAAGGAGAACAACGCCGCAUGGAGAUGCUCCAGUCCCUACGAAACAAAAGAUACGGCUGGCUCGAGGCCGGACAGACCGGGCAUGAUUUCCGUACUUCGACUUCGCAAUCUCCACGACCUCAGCAAGACACUAGUAUCCUAGUUGAGCCGAGUCACAAUGAUCCUCCGGAUCAUCCAGCUGCCCAGAACAGCCCCAUCGAUGAUGACGACGAGUUAGCUCGUGCGAUGGAGGCGGAACUGGCCGAAGCUUAA